UGCAGUGCGCGUUUUACUCGUUUUCUUCAGUGGUUUGGUCCUCUGCGCUGACGGUAGUCCCAGUCUCUCAGAGUGAGCUGCAGGGAAGGUCGUGUGUUUGAAACGAUAAGCCGCAAUGUCUGCAGGAGCACUGGCUAAACCCGCAAUGCGCGGUCUGCUCGGUAAACGUCUACGAUUCCACCUGGCUAUUGCUUUCACGCUGUCUUUGGCUGCAGCAGCAGGAUUUAAGUUUGCAGUAACAGAACCCAGGAAACGGGCGUACGCAGAGUUCUACAAGAACUACGAUGCCAUGAAAGAGUUUGAAGCAAUGAGGGAGGCUGGUGUGUUUCAGAGUGUGCGGCCCAAAGGCCAGUAAAGAACCGUGUCAAAGUGGAGCCCCUUUGUUGUUGAUUCCUGGUUUAAAUUUCCAGCACCUUAAAGUACAAUAGAAAGUCCAUGUGAAGCAGACAUUACUUGACCGUGUCGGGGUAUCUCAGGUGUGCGCUGAUCAAAUGUAAUAAACUGUUUCCUCACUGA